AACAGACUGAUGUUGUAGAGGACUUGGCUGAAAAUUGGGCGGUUGUCAUUCUCGUUGAUGAGGUUAAUCUUCACCCGUGCAAAGCCAACAUGGUCUGGCAUGCUCUCAUUUGCAAACAGCUGAGUGGAAACAAGGAGUAAAUGAUGAGUAUGAAAUUUAAUUUGUGUCUUUAAGAGAGAGAGAGAGAGAGAGGUUCUAAAUGUCCCUUGAUUUCCUUGAGCGGACUGUUAUGACAGCAGCAAGCAUUUGGCUGGCAGGCUACACAUCAGGAUUGAACCAGAAUUCCACUGAAUAUGCCUGACGCAUGAGCAUCUUUUCAGUCAAAAGCUCACAGCUUUACACUGCCACAUUUCCAGGUUACAGCCCCUGGAUUUUAACAUCCAGAGCCUUGAAGCUUUAUUUUCCUAUUCAAGGAAGUCAAAUCUCAACCUUGCAAUCAAAAGCAUAAUCCAUGUCUAACCGAAGUGACGUCAUUUGUAAAUCCCACCAGUAAGGAAAUUCUGACAAUCUUCUUCACAUUUUAGGCGCAUUUGCUUUCUUAUAAAGACAUUAGGUACAUUUUGAAGUCCAUAAAAUCCGGCUAGCAUUCCAGGCACCCCACCUUUCGUUUUGUUUGAAAGAAUGUUUGCAAUCUUCAAGCUACAGAAAAGACUGAUAAGCCUGAAAACUUAAUACCGAAUUAGUGAGGACAGCAACUUUGGAACUAGAGUAUGUUCAAGAUAUGAACUGACCCGGUUUGGGAAUCGAAAUUAUGAACAUGGCCAGAUUCCCGCUUAAUUUGGGUUUGGUUCAUAAUAGGAUGUGCUGCUGCUGCUGCUGCUGCCAAUUAGCUCAGCUUGCUAGUUUUUACCACUCCUUCCAAGCAAAUGUACCUCUCAGAGGGGUUGGGGAACUGGUGGCAGGGAGGGUUUGCCUGUGGGAGGCUGGAGAGGACUCUUCUUAACUUGAAAUGAUGCUCUUGAGAGUCAUUCAUGCUGGAACUCACUGGAUUUGUAGCACUGUGUGCACCUUGUUUCAAAUGAGUUGAAGACACAUUCAUUAUACGUAAACUAGAAGCCCCUAGACUUGCACUUUAUAUAUUUCCAAUGCUGCCCUUUAUUCUGAAAAGUCAUCCACUUCAGCUUUAAUAUGCCUAUCAGGAUUUAGUUGUGGGUUCCAGUGUCAUGUUUGUGAUACAAGCAUCAAUGCCCUCAGGAACUACGGCAUAGGGAUUUGCCACUAUCUUACCCUCUUAACUUUUAAAACCCGAGCAGGAUUUAACCCAAUGAUUUACAUUUCUAUUUUAUGCCCUGUAGUGCUCUAGGAAGGCAGGAUUUUAUUUAUGCUUCCUUGCUGGUGUAUAAAGGCCCACUGUCAAGACUAAUAGCAACAGAGGCUGCUGGCAUGAUGUUUACAGAGCUGCUUUGACUUUUGAAAAAUUUACAGCUCACCCAGACAUUGGGACAAAGCUGAAGCAGGCAUCUGGAAAGAGCUUCAGUGCUUGAUAGGUGCAUUUAAACCAAAGUUUUAUAGAACAUAAAACUUUUAUAGCUUCAAAACAUAAAAGGGAGGGGGUGUUCUAUUUAAGCUUCUGCAGCUGGGGCCCUAAAUUUUGGAAGAUAACGCUCACAGCAGAUCUCUUUUCAUUUUCUUCUUCUUUUUUGGCCAAAUUUUAAUAUUGUGAAAACAGUAUGAACCGGGCAAAUUAGCAAGAGCUGUGAAAGCCCCUCCACAUGUGACAUUUGCUUCCGUCCCUGAUUUUUUAACAAACUUAUUACACUAAUAUUUUGUCCCUGCACCUAGUGACGCCAACCUCCUUUCCUAUUACCCAAUAACAUGACAAUCAUACAUGAUAAAUGAUACAGUGAGGGAUGCACACCACAUUUUAAUGUCAUUCUCCCAAAGGUGACAGGCUAAUGCAUGCUUGUCAAAUAUAUAGGCACACUGAGUUUUUUGGGGCCUACAGUUCCUCCUCCUAACAUUCCCUUAGUCGGCAGCUGCUUUUUAUACCCAUGUCUGAUGAAGCACAGUCAGCUAAGAUCAUUUCCAUUAAAGUGGGCCAAUUGUUCAUCUGCUUUCAGAAGAUCCAGAAGAACGCAUCCAACAGAGGAUUCUUUCCUCUACACCUUUGGCCCUGCUGAGUUCAUUCUGUUUGCUUUCCAUCAGGACAUCAGAGUCUCCAAGGUUCAGGCCCAUUCCUCUUAGUAUGAUCCCCACACAACAGUAGUACUUUUACACAUCACUCCUGUGAGGAACUGGUGUUGGGUAAGUCAGCUGUGCAUGACCAAACUGGCACACCCAACAUUAGAUCUGGGAAUGUCUUCUUCAUUACAAGAGUUUUGUGGAGGAAAAUGUUAACAGCUAGAAGAGAAAACUUUUGCAAGCCUUCUGUACUGAUCCCACAGGACCAAUUCAGGAAUGACCUUUGUCCACUCACUUACAAGUUGAUGCAGUAUCCACUUUGGUCCUUUACAAGUUUCAAGGCACUAAAGAGUUCAGAGGUUUCACAGGUUGCCCUGUGUUCCAAAGCACGGGAUCUCUCAGGUAGAAGGGUGGUUUAAAAAGGUAGUAAGUAACAACAAUAAUAACUUGCCCAUUUGCCCCCUAGGCAGCUAGUUUGCAGUGAACGAGCUUUCAAAAGGAAAUCAUUACAAAAGAUAGUAAACACAACAACAUUAGUAAACAUAACAAACAACAAACCAUGAUUUGUUAGUUUCAUCCAUAUUAACUUCUACAUGUCAACAGUAACUGGAGGAAGCUCACUGUGGUAAAGCAAGCAAUAUCAUUCAUCACAGAACAUGGAGGCUGAUUUUUAUUUUUAAUGGGAAUGUUCAUUCAAGUCAUUCUUGUAAUGAACAUAAAAGUGCAGAAGGUGUUAUAGCUAAGUUUGAUGGCGAUUGUCAUGGGGUAUGUUCAACAAAAGGACCAAGGUAGGCACAAACUCCAUGCAGCUGUGCUCCAUUAAGCAUCUGCCUAUUCUGGCACAGCUGUCACAUGACUUAAUUCCUCCACUGCUAGGCCUAUGGCAUAGGGACCAUAAACUUUAUGAAGACACACAAACUGCAUUUUAACUACUUCAUAUAAAGUGGUACACCUGGAGAGGAAUGACACAGGGAGGCCACAUCUUAAAACAGAUGGGAAAAGAGACUCUGUGUAAAGGGACAAAAGAAAAGAACUUAGAAAUGGGCUAGAAGCUUAUUUGCUUAUGAAAGAGAAGAGAGUGAUAUUUAUCUGAACUAGUCCAGUAGGAUGGAAGCACAUAUACAACAAUGUUUGUGGAAAUGAAGUUUCACAGACAUCCUUUACUUAAAAACAGAUGUCUUUAGCUGGUGUAGCAUUAUGAUGAUGAGUGCCAGCUAACCAGCUGCCAUUUAUGUCCUCAAUUACAGAUUCCUCACCUGCAAUAUUGGACAAUAAUACUGGUCUGCUUCAAUGGGCUGUUGUAAGAAUUUUUGAGAGAACAAAUGUGAAAGCCUGAACUCUUGAAACAUGUUAUAUGGAUAGUAAUGUUGAUUAGAUGAAUUCGUCUUGCAAUCAAAUGUUUUAUCAUGUUAGUCACUGGGAGCUCAUCCUAUCAUCAAGGAGUACUUCAAAUUCGGAACUAUUUUACUGCAAAUUCUACUUGAUUAAUUUUGCCUUACUCAAAAAUCUGUCUCCACUCCCAUAUAUUAUCUUUCUCCACAAUGAAGAUGGAUGGUAUCCAACCAUCUUCAGUCUCUCUUAUGUCUCAUCCUCCCUUAAGUUGCUCAUAUAUCUUUUAAAAGAAUCCUUACAGAAAAUUCGUAGCGAGGGAUUGUCUCAAAGUCCAGCGGCACUGCAACUCUAAUCCGGAUAUCUGCCUUUCCUUGAAUUGACGUUGGAGAGAUGAUAAAGUGGUUGGAGUUGUUUCCCACCAGGUAAACUUCAAAAACACUGUUGAGCCCCUGAAGAAACAAAAAAAGGCAGUAAUAUUAAACCUGAAUGAGCCUGACUGGCUGGUGUGCAGAUAGGGAUCACCAAUGCUAAACACAUAGGAAAAGUCUACCUAACUCAACAGAAGAAAAGUGAACAGAACAUAGCCUGAAGGUAAAAUAACUUAAUGAAGUGUGCAAUGAAAAAAGAGAUGGAAUACAUUUUUUAAAAAAAUGGCAAAGAAAGAAAUCUGUAAAUAUGGAGAAUAGGAAGCCAAGGUUUGCUUGCGUCUACAAAACUCAAAUAGUAGCAGUUUACUCUAGCAGCCACUUCGGCAGUCAAGUACUGGAACAUCACUUCCAUACUGGAACAUAAGAACAGCCCUUCCGGAUUAAACCAAAGGGCCCUCUAGUCCAGUUUCCUGUUCUCACAGUGGCCAAUUAUAUGCCUAUAAGAAGCCUGCAAACAAGACAUGAAUGCAACAGCGCUUUCCAUAUUUUUGUUCCCCAGAGGCAUACUGCCUAUGAUGCAGGAGGUAAUAUCUAGCUAUCAUGAUUAGUGGCCUUAUGCUCUGUGGAUUUGCUCAAGUACACCUUUAAAAUUGCCCAAGUUGGCAGCCAUCGCCAUUUUGUGGUAGCAAAACUAUGUGCUGUCUGAGUGCCUUUCAUUGCACCCUCAGCCCAGCCCAAAUGCCCAUAGAUUUCCAGGAAGCCUUGAGCACCAUCUUUAUUUUGCAUUCUUCUUAAACGAAUAUUUGGGGACCAAAAACACAUUCAGUAGAACCUUACAUCUUCUUGAAAUAUGAAUUCCAAAUGAAUUCCUAUGAAAUCUGUGAGACCACUUAUGUAUUUAUUUAUUUUUUGCUAAAGAGCACAUGGUUGGUGUAAAUCGCCCCUUAAGCGGCAGUAGUAGCUAUCCUUAUCAUAAUGGAGAGGAGAUGAAGCCUCAGCAUUAGAACUUGAGCAGAGAAGGGGGCAGCUACAAAAAAAGAAAAAAAGUUUUGUUCCCCAAAAAACUGACACUUCACAAUCUCCAUGCCAAACGCGGCACUCCUUCCCAGAGCCCAGCCCAGCCCAGCAGAGCACAUUACAAUAAAGUUGAAAAAACCGCUGGAGCUGAAUUUCCAAUUUUCCCCCAAAUGGAGUCAGUCUUGUUGGAAGGAGGGACCAAUUAAAUGCACGAAGGGGCACUAAUAGCAAAAGCUGGCUGAGCGUGACAGCUGAGAAGCGGGUGACAUGGCUAGAGAAUCCCCCUUUCCAUUUCUGCCUCCCUCCUCCCAACCAAAUCCAACAAUAAAUAUCCUAGAAUGCAGUGGAAAAGAGCUAAAAUAAUAUUGGUAUUUAUACAGUAGCCAGAGGUGAGGGUGAUACCUCACAGACAGGUUUAAGAAGACCAGGUUCCUAUUCCAAAGAUCUGGCAACUUGAAGAAGCCAAAAAAGUAUCGCAUUGAAAUCUAAACUGAAAAGUAGACAAUGGUAAAUAGGGUUUUGUUCUCCAGGUAGCAUGUGCAACAUGAAAAUAACCAGAAUCUGCUGGCUCAUGCUUCUGCUUAUUGGAGAAUGAAAAGGGUUCCCUUUCUUUUUCAAAAUACAGGUGGGGAAAAUGCCACACUCAGGACCCUCUAAGGGCAGAAUUUCAAGAUCAAAUGUUCCUUUCUUCCAUAGUUCUGAGGUGGAAGCUGUCUUCAGUUCUGGAAUGAAUAAAAGCAAUUCAUCCCAAACAUGGGAUUAUAUUCUCUAAUUUGCUAGAAACACCCUUUUGGAAGAUGUGAUAACCAUAGGCUGCACCAAACGAGGCAAAUGUAUCUAUGCAAUAGCAUAUAGUGAACAUGUCAACAGAUUUCCAGGUUACUUCCCUGCACACAGACUCAAUCAAAGGCCAAGUCCUAUCAAUUGUACAAGCUGCAGAACCUUUCAAGGACUGAGCUGCAAGAACACUUGAGGGCCUUGUAAAUCAGAUGAAUGAAAUAUUUACUUUAGUACCACAGAAGUAGAAAUCCCGGAACCCAAAAAAAAGAGGAACAAAAAUUUAAACCUCCUAGAAACCUGGGCCAUAGAAAGAAUGAGGGCUCUCCUAACAUUCACGAUGUGACAUUCUUUCCACCCUAAAUGAAGGGGAUUUAGAAAGAAGGCAAGACGAUCUCCUCAAACCUAUUAAAUUAAAUGCCCCAUUUCUGUUUGCACAAAUCUGCAGAGAAUUUCUCUAACAUUUACUGUUUAUUGAAUAGUCAUUCUGAUGUAUCUGCAGGAAGGUUCUAUGAUGUCACACCAAGCACAUUUUCCAGUGCAUUUUCCCAACACUUUCGAAGCUCCCAUUGAUGAAAGUGGAAGUUUCCCUGUUCUGGUUUCAUGGAGCCAUGGGGCCGAUUUAAACCUACAUUAUAACACAUGGCUAUUUAUGACUCGUUGGAUGAACAACAUCUGGCUACUCUAAACAAAUGGCUCUUUUCUAUCUUUAUGCUUAAUGAUCAACAGUUGGCCACUUACGGUCAGAGUUGCUAUACCAGGCCUCUGCUGUAUAUGUACUUCAAACUAAUGCAAGUAAAAAAAUACAAAAUCAGGUUUGUAUUUCUUAAAAAUCAUAUGCAAGAAACUUUUACAUCUGGUAGGAUUCAUGCUCCAUCACCCCACUCACAAAUUAUUUACAUAAACCAUGAAAAACUAGAAUUUUGUAUUGGCCUUAUUUCUGCAGUAAUUCUUCAGCCUGCUUGCUUUUUUCUUUAUUUACUUAUUUUAACGAAUUAAUAUCCCACCCUUCCUCCCAGAGGAGCACAGUGUGGCAAGCAACAAGUGAUAAAAUAACAAAACUUCUUAAAGAAGAUUCCUAGUCUAGGUGCAGACUAGGAAAGAUCUCAGCUUAAAAGUCUAGAUGGAAGAGGAAGGUCUUCAGUAGGCACCAGAAAGACAACAGAAAAGGCACUUGUAUAAUAUUUAAGGGGAUGGAAUUCCAAAGGGUAGAUACCACAAGGCUAUAGGCCUGACACCAGUGUUAUGAGGAAUGGACCUCCCGACAAGAGGCAAGAUCUUUCAGAUAUUCUGGUCCCAAGUUGUACAGAACUUUAUACAGCAAAACCAGCACCAUGAAUUUAGCCCAGUACCUAAUCAGCAGCUUUCAACCAUGGGGUGUUGGUGAUGUUCUGCCCCAGGGAGCAACUAAGCUGCAUUUUGCACUAGCUGCAGCUUCUGGACCAACCUCAAGGGCAGCCCCACAAACACCAUGUUGAAGUAAUCUAACUUGGAGGUUACCAGCAUAUAGACAAAGUGGUUCCCGUCUAGAAAUGGCUUACCAGCUAAAGUCACUUGAGCCUCUAGUAACGAAGAUGGAUCCCGGAGCGCUUCCAGACUAUGAAGCUGCUCUUUUAGGGGGAGUGUGACCCCACUCAAAGCAGGCAAAGCUUAUGACCCAUGCAAAUUGGCAAACCAGUAAACCUGUUAAGAUGAGUGUUCCACCCCUGAAAAGAUCACCUGGAAAAUAUCCUUUGGAAGCAUGCCACACCAAAAUCUCCAUCCAUGUGCAAUUGUUACGUAUGCCAUAAAAAUAACCGCCUAAAUCUGAAGAAGCUCCUGGCAAAGGCUGAAGGGCACAGUGGGACAGUAAGCUCAUGCAGUGGAUGCUGAAGGAGGCCUCAAGGACUUAGAGGAAACAGUCGAGUGUCCCAUGUGACCUGCCCUGCAUCUCCUAAGCUGUUGAUUUGGCAGUAGAAUCUUAUUUCAUCCUCACAUGGAAUGGGAGAUGGUCGCAAUGCUGUCCUUUGCCUCAGGCAGCAAAAUGUCUUGGGCAGCCCUGAAAAACAGUGUUGGCCAGUGCUUGCUGUCUGGAGGUACAACUGCACUGAUUCACCAGAUAGGUAAGCUGGGUAAAAUAAAGGCAGGCAGGAUUGGAGAAAGCAGACAUGUGCACGCUUGGCAAGGAAGUAAGCAGGUACAGGCAGGUUGAUGGGACUUUGGUAUUUACUUAAGAGACAAAUUGCUCAAUCUGGGAAGCCGGACUGGAGCCUGAGGUUUUAUAAGGCACGGCAAAGCCUCACUGCCUCAUUAUGUCCUCUGACAAUUGCUGAGUAGGCAAUUUGCAGUACUUUCUUCUAAACAGCUGCACUGAUGGAGAAGGGCAGAAGCUCCCUCUUCUGGGAAGCUGCCAUGGUGGCACAAAGGGCUAUACAAAACUAGCACUUUACAGACCCGGCAGGGAUUUGUCUGUGCGUCUAUUGCAGUUAUUAGAGUCCAAGUAAUAUGUAACUUUUGCAUAAGGUGUUGUCACAGGCUCAGCUACAGAAAUAAGGUGAGAAAGCCACAGAAAUGUCUUCACCACUCUUUAGCUGGGAUGGAUCUCUCAUGUUCCAUCAUUGCUCUGGGAGCAGGUGCCUUUCAUCACGGUAAGCCGCUGUCGAUUUUCUUGGACCCCAAGAGGAUAAUUUUUUUGUUGGGGUGGGGGGAAGGAGGCGUGAUAAUGUUGAACAUCAAAAGAAGCCCCCAGCAUGUGCGGAAAGGAGCAGGGUUAUUUAAUUCCCUUCCAGCUGGGAAAACAGAUCAGCCUGUUGAUAUUUGCCAUCCCUAAUUACUAACUACUUCAGUGCCUCAGCUUCCCCAUGUGAAGUCUUGAGAAGUGGAAUUCAUCUGCCCGUUGGGAGAAGUGCUGUAUUUUUCUCUGUUAUUUAUUUCAUCUUUUUUUUAUUGUUGAUUCUCCCCCAUGCUGCUUUCUUUGCUCCUAGUUUACCGAAGCCUUUGAACCCCCUGCAGAUGGCUGAGAGCAAAUCUGAAUAUUCAAAUUGUUAUCAGCUGCCCACCAGAAGGGACUGGCUUAGCCUGGAUCACAACUAUCUCCCCCUGUCACACACUGGCCUACAGGAAAAGGUGGGGAGAUUCUGGAAGAUUUUCCAUAUUGUUUUAUAACGAAAGGACUGGCCACCCCACAGAGACAGACGGGGGACACACACACACACACACACACACACACACACACAUCCUGGUUCUACCUGGGAAAUUAUUUGAGGCAUACGAAAUGAAGAGCAAGAGAAAAUAAAAAGGCAGAAUCAGUAUAAAAUGUGUAAAAAACACUUGAAGGGGGAUAUAGAAAACCUCCCUGUUUCCCCCCACUGUGAUUCCUACAUAUUCCCAGACUGGCAUUGCUACACUGGGACACUUACCCCCUCUCUCUCUUUUUUCUUUUUGUAAAGCAAAACCAAAUAAUUGCUAUGCACAGUUGCAGGUAUAACAGCAUCUACACAUCACAUUCCCCACUCGAUAGCAAAUGCAACACUAUAAAGUGUUGGGAGAUUUGAAUCAUUGCUGUGCAUCACAUGCAUAAUUAGUUUAAUUGUGCAGCAACUUGGGCAAUUAAACUGCCACUUUUAAAACGAAUCCGACAGUGAUGAUGCAGUUUCCGCUUCCGCAGUGGAAAUCAGAGAUGCAAGGCAUCCCUCCACUUGCAAACAGAAUAGUUUUGUUAACAACAACAACAACUUUAUUAUUUGUACCAUGCCCAUCUGACUGGGCCACUCUGGGCAACUUCCAGAAUGUACAAAAACAGAUCUCAUUCAGAUAGAUAGAUAGAUAGAUAGAUAUCGAUUCCAUUUAACCUAGGCUUCAUCCAUAUCUGGCUUAUAAACUAAGCAUGUGAGGCUGUGAUUUUACAUGCCUUUCUUUCCUAUUCUUCUCCUUCAACCAGGCUGCAACGCAUCUGCCAUUCUACAGGACUGCACUUUCCCUCUGUGAAAAGCACAAAUGCUUCACUGCUCUUUCUUGUGAGGAAAACAAAGCCAAGGCCAGCAGCAGCCCAAUGCCCAGGAACAACCAUAAAAAUAAUAAGCCAAACUUCACAGGCCAACACUUCACAGGAAACCCUACAAUAAUAUAUGAACCUGACAUACCUGCCCAGGAAGGAACAGUUCUCUUUAAAAGCCAGAAACUCGUCUUGGAUUGAAAGCUGCCAUUUCGAAACAUUUAUAUUAUGGAUUUAUAUUAAGGACUCCAACACAAGUUUCAUCUGUGACGGUGAACUUAUAAAAAAAAGUGGGUGUUGCUAUAGCUUCAACUCUCUUGUAAGUCACACUCUGUACAGUCACAGCCAGCACUAGCUGCUUCAGGUGGCCAUCUCACUCUACCUAAUGGUAGGGCUGGAAGAUAACAAUUCAGUGCACCACCACAUAUGUUCAUUUACCUGUGUGUAGAAGCACAAAGCUCCUCACUUCUCUCCUUGAUGAGUGUGUGCCAUUCUAUUUUGGGGAACAGUAUGCUCCUCCGUAACUGCUUCACCCCCAAUUAAUCCUAUCUUCUUUGUAACCAGCCCCACCUGCAUGGGAAUAGAUGUGUGUUGAGUUACGAGCCCAAAUGACAUGCACAUGCGAGAACUAGUGAUUGAUAUGGGAGGUGGACAGCGGCCUCCCAUUCAAGGGAACGAUCCAGCUUGCUGCAGCGUAUGCACACUUGCACAUCAUUCAGAGGGAAGAGGGAAGAAUGCUUUGCACAUGGGCAGCUGUACCCAGUGCUGGUGCCAAGCUAUUCUGUGCCUUAGGCAAAGCUAACUACUUGCACACACCCACACCCCUGCCCAAAAUGGCUAAUUUUAAUUUUCAAAAACGAAUCUCUUGUAGAAAUGAU